GUGGAGGUAAGGUUGCCACCUCAAUUCCGCUGUGUUAUGUUGAAGAGUUUGGCAGUGGCGUUAACAUUACAGAGUGAUUCAGUGUGAAAGUGCAGAAGGAGUGUCGGGCUUGUGGGAGUCACGAGGAUAGACGUAGAAAGAGUAAGUGUGUGUGUGUGUGUGUUAAUAAGAAGAAAAAAACUGUGACUUGUCUUCGUAGAAAAAAAGGGAUAGACGAGGCAGGAAGAGGCAAGAAUGUUUGGACGUAUGGCUUCUCCACGUGUGAUGAGAUGGGGUGUGGCGAUGCUGUUUGUAAUGAGCGUACUGAUCCAAGAAGUGACCUCGGAUCUUGCCAGUAUUCUCAUCCUGAGGAAGUGUUCGUGCAACAAGUACCAAGCCUGGAAUGGAGAAACGUGUGUAGAUAGUAACAACACCUUCGUUCCCGUGUAUAACAAGACUGCUUUGGAUCCAGUAAAGGGUGAAGUGGACCUAGUGAAGUUUGGAUUCGGCAUUUUAUCAAGCACGGUACAAAACGUGACAAUCAUGCCGUUGGAGGCGCGGGAUUGCCCUGAGGGUCAUUUCCCUUCCUUACUCAAAGAGAACAUUAUGCUUUUACCAGAUGGACGCUUACUAUGGUUGAGUACCAUGAGUAUAUUCACUAUUGAUGUCUUCUGUAAUGAAUUUUUCUGGAUGAAUGAUCAAGAUGUAUAUUUUGAAGUGUUUGCUUGCCUACCUCCUCCGGCGGUACCUCACUGCUGCCCUGCUAACCAUCUUCUGCACCAGAACGGAUCCUGCUACCCUUAUCAGGCUCUCCAUCCUCCACCACUCCAGAUGGGAACCGAUUUGGUGGACUGGGAUGAUGUGGAAAGCGAUCCAGUGUCACUCAGGUGUGGUCAACAUGAGUUCCUUCACCAGAUAAAGCUCGGCAUAGGUACCACUGAUGGUUGGCUGAUGGACACGCAGCCCAUCGCCGCCUUAGAAUGGUCACCGAACUUCUGGGUGGCCUUCUCUCCCUGGAGAAACUAUUUCUGCGUAGCACCGCAACAGACAGAGACUGGAGAACUACAGUACGUGGCACAAAUCUGUUUCAAAGACCAUGACCGUUACUACAAACACCACUGCAAUGCCAGCGCGUGUGUAAGAAAAUGCUGUCACGAGGAUCAAGUGUUAGUUGGCAACAUUUGUCAAUGGGUUGAUGAUCCUAACCUGCUUUGGCGGCCAGAGCAAAUCCCUGGGCAAGAGAUCAAUGAACAAUGGAAGCUCGUGGCUGGUGAGCCAGGCUGUGCAUUCUAUUUUCACGAAGGGGACAUACACCUCCUCCCCAAUGGCUCCCUCUACUUCAAUUCCAAGACAGUCCCACCCUCCAUGUAUUGCGUGGACAACCGCAUUGGGGCUACUGGGGAACCUGUGAAAUUGGCUAUGAUCUGCUUCCCCCCUAAGGAAUAUACAUGUUUCUGGCGGGACAUUUUGAUCAAGGUAGUCGUGGGUUUGUCCUUUGUGUUCUCAUUGGCUACCUUGGUGGUUUAUCUGAGUGUGGCUGAGCUGAGGGACCACACCUAUGGCCGCUGCCUCAUCUCCAUGGUGGCUGCAAUGCUCACUGCUUACAUCUUGCUUCUGUGCGGCCCAGAGAGUGCUCACACUAUGGCGGGUUGCUAUGCUAUGGCAUAUGGGAAACACCUGACUGUUUUGGCUGUGUUCUUCUGGUUGAAUGUCAUGUGCUUUGACAUGUGGAAGAUCCUGAGAGGUUCCACAGUGCAGCAUCACAGCAGGAGGGUGUUUCUGUGCUACUCUGUGUAUGCCUGGGGCUGCCCCCUUGUGGUGAGCACUAUCACUUUGGUCCUCGAUCUUGUGGCACCCGAGAACAUCAUCCUGCCUGCUUAUUUUAAUGGGGCAUGUUGGUUCAAUGAUGAUCAAGCAUACUGGGCCUAUUUCUCCAGCUUCAUCCUGAUAAUAGUGGUGAUCAACAUAGGUUUCUUCAUCCAUGUUGCUGUGACACUCUAUCAGAAGAUGAAGCAAAGCACCAAGAACUUUGAAACGAACUUGAGCCGAAAAAACAAGACCACCAAGGCCAAGCACCAGAUGUGGCUGUUCACCAAGCUGUUUGUGGUGAUGGGUGUGAUGUGGAUCACAGACAUCUUCUCAACAGUGAUGCACAGGAGGACUUGCACAUACUGGGUGUUUACAGACGUUAUUAAUGGGCUUCAGGGAGUCUUCAUAUUCAUAGUAGCAGUUUGCAACAAGGAUAAUCUGAAAAAGAUCAAGGAUGCUUGGCAGCCAAGAGUGCAAGUUAUUCGCAAGACAUUCUCCUCGAAGCAGGGACAAAGUUCUCAGCGCACCCAGCAGUCCCUAAGCAUAGACGACACAGAAGCCUCUAGGAAGACCUCCAUCACAUCCCUUCCUCGCAAGAUCUCUCAAGCCUCCAACAUCUUCUUUCCAAGCUCAGCCAAGAAGUCCGCAAACCUCAAUCCGGCAGACUCUUCCGAACAUGCACAAGGUGGACGGAAAGGCUCUAAUGUGUCCAUCAAAGACGUCAUUCCGCUCUCUUCCAUGCAAGAAUGAGACUGCCAUCUGGCCAGAUCUGCACAGCACUAAGGAGGGAUGAGAAGCAAUAGUAAGCUUUGUUGUUGCUUUAGUGUAGUUUGCCCUCACAUUACUGUUUGUCACCCCCACACAGCAGUAAAGAUGGAGUUUAACAAUAGUAGAUCCUUAGUGUUGCCUUAGUGUAGUUUGCUUUCUGCACAGUAGUGUUGAGAGUGUUCCUGCCUGCCCAAGGGAUUGCAUGUUCACUUGCUCUGUUUUGAUUGAACUCAUUUCAGAAUUAAAAAGAGAACCCACAACAAGCAGUAUAUAAGGUGUUAGUGCAUAAGAUUCUAAAUACUGUAGUACAAAGUCAUGGGAUUGUUUAAUGGUUAGCUCUAUAUUAAUGUAUCAUGAAGCUAAGCAAGGUGUCAGUAAUAGAGUUAAAGUAGAAUUCCUUCACUUGCCUUUAUUUCCCUUUUCAUUUAUUCCAUAAUUUAGCUUAAGUAUGUAAAUAUGAUAUGCUUUGUCUGGGUCACCCCAUGUGUUACUGCAAACCUAGCAUAUAGAUAGAUAGAUAAAAAUGGCCUGUCUUUCAAUGCUUACGUAUUAGAAUUAGAAAGUCAGUGCCUUCCACACUUUUUAUAGAAAUGUAAGCUACAGAAUUUAUGUUAAUUUACUUGAGUUAUCAAAUGAAUAUGCUUGAUCUUAAUUACAGUAUUAUUAUAAUUAUUAAGACAUCAUUAGUUACUAGAACUUCAGUAAUGAUUUGUAUGUGUACUUCACAAAAAAAUAAUUCUCAAAAAAGCAAUCAACUGGAGUAGAGGGAGAAAGAACUGUAUUUAAAUUGAUGUUAGUGCCAAAUAGUAUUAGUAGCUUUAUUAUUGCUCAAAACAAAUGUUAGAGAAGUGCAGGUAGACUCACUUUACUUUUGAUUUUAAAGUUUCUCUAGCCAUUCCAAUCAAAGUUCAAACAAGGCUCAUGGUGUAGCUGGUGUAUUACAUGCAUGCACUUAGUUCUCAGUCCUUUGAGUGCUAAGAACAGUGUGACUUACCUGGAGUUAUCACUGCACACAUCUUAGCAGGAAUAAAAUGACAAGCUCAGGAAGGUUUGAAGACUUCCAGUGCUUCUUUUGUUGUCUGUGGACACUUGGAAUGAUCAUCUAAAGUUGUUAUUUUAUUAUAUAUGGAAAGAAGAAAUAACAUCAAGUUAAUUAAUGUAAUAUGUGUCUUGUAGGAUGUUCUGUUGUGGCUGUUGUGUUUUAUCAUUUCCACCGUUCACAACAAGCAUGUCAUUUAUAGUCUAGCUCUUUUUUAUUUGUUCAGUUUUUUCACCAUCAAGUCUCAUAAUGUUAUGGUAUGUUCAUGUGAUGUCACGAUCUAUUUAGAUAAGCUUGAUGGAUGCACAGUGCUCAAAAAGAAUGGCAUUUGUUAAUGAUAAUAUAUUAUAAGAAUCCAGAAAACGCCUGUCAUUAUAUGUUUUGCUGCUUUUGAAAGAUGUGUUUUCUGAGAAUUACUGCCACAUUUUUCUCACCAAUUAAUUCCUUUGAGAUUUGUCAUCUUUGGAAUUAUAAUUGUUAUGGAAGGAUACUGAGAGUGAGCUUAUGAUAGUGACCCAAAGAUUCACAUAGAUAUGUUAACUAUGUAACAGUUUUUUUUACAUUAAAAAAUCAUAAUGCA